AUGAUCGGGGCCAUGCCAGCCGUGGCGGUUCGCCACGAACGCAGAAGACAGGAGAAGAGGUUGAAGAGACCCAGCCAGCUGUAUUUGGGGGGCCAAUGGAUGCCUCCUCCUCAAGGCUCACCUCCAACUCCGAGUCCUCACGGCCACAACAGCCACCUCGAUCCACUUCCGGAGCUCUACCUCUGCGGCAAGAUUUCAUGCCUACAUGCUGCAGUCGUGUGUCUCUUGCUGGGAGCCGUGGUCCUUGUGGUUGGAUUGGUCCAGCUGGCACCUGGAGCAACGACCACUGACCACAGGUUAGCCCUGCUGGCAGGUGGCACGACUUUGUUGCUCCUUGGAAUAAUCCUGGCGGGGGUGCGGUGUUACGUCCUGCAUUGCGUCCCGUUGCCAGCCGAGUCCCCCGUGGCUACGCCAUUGCCACCAUCGAUGCCGGAACAAGUCCCCGUAAGUGGAGGCACCCUUGACCUCCUGGUGGGCCACCAAAACCAACCGGAAACGGAUUCGCUGAUGCAUUCGGACCACCAUCACUCGCACCACCAUCACCAGCAUCAUCACAACCACCACGGGAACCAUAAAAAGAAGCGCAGCUCGCAGAGCUCCCACCAUUCCGAGGAAGCCUAA